CUCGCUCACGCUGCGUCAUAUUGGGUACGGCGAUGGUCGGGGUGCAAACAUAUGAUGGAACGCAAAAGAAAUUUCGCGCACUGCUAGAUUCCGGUUCAGAAAUUUCUAUAAUAUCGAGAGGAUGUUAUAACGCUCUAAAUAUUCCUCGAUUGGUUUCCUCUGUGGUUAUAAAUGGCGUAGGUAAUACGCGAGUCGUAAACAAAGGAAUAGCGCAAAUUAAACUUAGACCUAUUGGUAACUCAGAUUUAGUUUUGGCGAUCGACGCGGUAAUUUUGCCCGAAAUAUGUGAUAAAAUGCCGACUUAUCGAUUAGAUAAUACUUCGUGGGGGUAUUUAAAAGAUCUGCCUCUGGCAGAUCCGCAGUAUUACGUACCGGGUGAAGUUGAUAUAUUGUUGGGCUGCGAUGUGUUCGCCAAUCUUUUGUUGAAUGAGACAAUUUCUGGAAUCAAUGGGGGUCCUAACGCUCUUCGUACUAUUUUCGGUUACGUCUUGUUGGGAAGGAUCGAACACGAACCGAUCGCCUUGCAGGUCAACUCCUUCCUUAACACAAUCUCUGAAGAUUUUUUAGAUAAUUUAAUGAAACAGUUUUUUGAAAUAGAAACAGUACCGGACAGGGUCACCUCUCCUCCAGAAGGUGAAUACCAGCAGAAAGCCUUCGAGCUGCUGAUACAAAAACUCACUGAAUCUCCGAUACUGGCCUGUCCAGACUUCACCCAACCGUUCAUUCUGCAAACCGACGCCAGUGACAUGGGCCUUGGAGGUGCCCUAACACAAGUGAUCGAUGGAGAGGAGGGAGUAAUCGCCUAUAAAUUACCCACCUGCAAGUCACAUGCCGGCUUCGAGAGUCCCAACGUCCGUGCAACCAGGUCGGAAGGGGUGAACCAGUCCAUUGAGCCCCCACGUCGAGCUGUCGGAGGCUCUCCACCUGUUGCAGCUCCCAAGAAUCCUGGAUAA